AUAUUAUUGUGUGCCGUGAAAUAAGAUGAUUAAUUAUGAAAUUAAUUAACUUGUUUUGGUCGCAUCUAGAACAUAUUUAAGACUUGGUGAAUUUCAAAUAUUGAAAUACAUUUUUUCAAUUUUUCGUUUUUUUUUAUUCAUAUAAAUAUUUGUGUGAAAUUGGGACACUUAAUUUUGAUGCAAAAUGGGUGUUCAAGACUUACAACAAUUUAUGGAAAAUCCAUCUGUGCCUGGUGGUGCGGUUAAUGUUGACUUACUUCGUAUUGCACGAAAUUUGCCAACAAAGCCGGCGCAACAAGGAGGUCGGAAUCGUAAUCGACCGCAACAAAAUCAACCAAACAAAUUGAAAUUGGUUGUGGAUGGUGAAUGCUGUCUGGAUCGAUUAUAUGGAGGCUAUUUUUCUGAUUGGGCCUGCGGUGGACAGUGGAAUCGAACUAUUCAAUUUUUAUCAUUAUUGAUGCACGCAGUAGAACGUGGCAACAUGGAACUAGCAAUUGUAUUUAAUGGCGCUAUGGAACCACAACGUAUGAAUGAAUGGAAAGCGCAACAGGCCGCAACACGAGAACGUGUGAACAAGGUCCUGAAGCACAUUAAUACAAAAGGAACACCCCCACCAAAAGUAUGGUGGACAGCACCAGUUUGUCUACGUACCGUGUUACGUAUGGUUUUUCGACAUUUAAAUGUAACUGUGUUAUGUAGUAUGGAUGAUCAUCAUCAGGAAGUGAUUGCAUAUUGUCGUGAAAAUAAUUUUCAUGGUUUGUUAGCUGAUGAUGCUGAAUAUGCUGUUUUUGACCCACCAAGAUAUUUUUCAUCUAAACAUUUAAAAUUGACUUACAAGGGUUCUCUAGAAACAAAAGAAUAUAUGGUAAAUGAAUUAAACAAAUCGUUAGAGAUAACUAGGGAACAAUUAUGUAUCGUAGCUGCAUUAAUGGGCAAUAAUUUACUAUCUGAAAACGAUUUACGUGAUUUUUAUAAAAGUAUUUUAGAAAAUAAUAAAUUAGAAAACAAUUACGAUUCGAUAAAAGCAAUCGCAUUAUUUGUAAAAAGUCUUCCCGAUCCGAAUAACCUGGAUAAUGUUACCAAAGAAGUGUUUGGAUCGUCAACUGAUCCAAAAGCAUUGUUACUGCGACAAUCUAUACAGUAUUAUCUAAAUGGGACCAAGGAAGGAUUUUUACGCUAUCGUUCUGCUAACAAUUCUCGCAGAUUUAAUAAGAAAAAUAAAGAUAAAAACCAAACAAAUGAAAACAAUGUCAGCUCCAAUAACCAAGCAAAUAAUGUUAGUAAUGGAAAUGCACAAGCAAAUUCACAGGCAAAGUUAUCGGAAGAAGCUGAUUUAGAUUUGUCUGGUUUUGCUUCUGAAACAACUGAACGUGAACAAAAAAGCUUAGAAGAUUACAAACUGGCGACUGCUAACGCAGUCAUGACACCAGAAAUUAUUAUCGAACAGCCAUGUGAACUUGAAAGUAAUUCAUCGUCAAAAUUGACUUCAGGCAUUGGUUCAAAUGAAGAAUACGAUUCAUCAGUACCAUCAUCUGAUAAUUCACGCAUGAAUGGUCAAAUGAAUGGAACUGUUCCAUCAGCCACAUCCUUAUUAAUUAGUUCAAGCAGUUCGAGUUCGAGUAGUAUAACAGCAUCACCGACGAAACAGACAACAAUAGCAACACCACCAACCAAAAAUAAGGAGGGAGGAACCACUAAAAAUCAAAAGAAGACUGAACAACAAACUCCGAUUGUAAAAUUAGCAUAUGUAGCACCAGAAGUACUGCGUACAGCAUCUGAACGCCAUCAAAAAGGUUUAAUGUCACCAUUAAUAUUACAAAUUUUAACACAUGGUGAAGUACGUUUACCAUGUUUACUUGAAGAUGAACAUCAUCGUGAAAUUCCACCUGUCUAUAAUUUAUUUAAACCAAUACGUCAAAAUGUCUACGCUAUCUUAUUUAAUUUACAUCAUUUACAAUAUGUGGCACGUAGUAAAGAAAAAGAUGGUGAAAAAGUUGAGUUGCCUGAAGUACAUGUUAAAGAAUGGGUUUGGUCUAAGGCAAAUAACUAUGAUAAACCAGUUAUUGUACGUGCUGAGCCACUUGGUUGGGGUGUACCAACAAUACAACGACUCUGGUUUGGUGCUGCACUAGAUGAUAAACGUCGACGUUUACGAGCACUUUUAACGUGUUUACGUUCAGACACAUCGUUAAUGUUAAAUACAUCAUACGUUCCACAACAUUUAUUAAUUAUGGCUUGUGUUUUAAGGUAUAUCAUGUCUAUUCCGGAUCAAAGAAUUUUACGACGUCAAGAAUUAGAUGCCUUUAUCACUCAGGCUUUUGCACCAGAGCUUAUGAAUCCACAAUAUUUACAAGAAUUAACGUUACCAUUGGUUACAUCUCGUGGUGUUCAAUUAUCAACUCUAUUUAUGCAAGGUGUUGAAACUGCCUUAUUUGCAAAUGACGCAUGUGGUGCUCCAAUUCCACUAUUAAUGUGUUGCCCAUGGCUAUUCUUUGAUGGUAAAUUGUUCCACCACAAAUUAGCACGGGCUGCAGUUGUUAAAAAUCUUUUAGAAUUAUGUGAAAAUCAUAUUGAACAUGUUGUCAAAGUUGAACGUAUGCGUAAAGCAAUUUUAGAUGGUUUAAGCGUGCAAUUCGCUAAACCAAUGUUGCCGCCAAUCGCUGGUGGUAACAUGUUACGACCUGGCUAUCCCCCACCAAACUGCUUGCCAGCGUUAAAUUUACCAUCAGCAAGAACGGGACGUGGUUUAGGUCGUCGACCAGUGCCUUCACGUGGUGGUCAAUUAGAAGUAGCUGGUGUCGUUGUAUCAAAUUGGGGUGCAAAUUAUGGACGUACACGUUCUGCCACUCAACGUCAACAACCACAAAUUACAUCAGUUGGUUACCCUGCUGCUCCAGGUGUUGUUGGACGAAAUCGUUUACCUGGUGCUGGUAAUACUGGAUUCCAAAUGAGUACCUUUCCAACACAUCCCACAAAACCGUUCCGUAUGAAUAAUGUAGGACGGGGAAGACGAAACGCGAAAAAGAAAAAUCAGAAUAAGAAUAACAAAAAUAAAGCACGAGGUGUUACAGUUGAGACUAAUUCUGGAACCGUAUUAGCAUCUGAACUCUUAAAUAACGGUGAUGGUACCAAAGAAGAGACAGUAGCAGCAACUACAACAACUCCUAUUACGAACAGCAAAGACCAAUCAUCACGACAACAUAUUGAAGAAUCAUCAAUAACAAAAACACCAACAACACCCGUGGUUGAACUUGGUCAAGGUGAUGCCCCUUCAACUUUAGAAACCACCACAAGUGCAUAAAUUAGUAAACUUUACAUAUAAUUUUUUAUGUAUUCCAAAACAAUAUGACAUAGAGUGUUGAAGAGAAAACGAGAGAGAAAGAGAGAGAGAAAGUGAUGAAUUUUUAUGUUACUUUUUUUUACAUAUUUGUAACAAAAUAAUUAAUUUAUAAAAAAUGGUGAGAAGCAAAACGAACAGAACGGAUUUAAAAAUGUGUUCGUGUGCAUUCGUAUUUAUGUGUUACAUAAUUUUCUUAUUUUU